CUACCUACCCUUGAUUUACCAUCCCACUUCGCGCCAACGGUGACCCAACCAUUUUCCAUAAUCCCAACCGCAUGCCAUCCACCCUUUGCCACUCCGUUAUCAAGGUGCUGCCAUGUCAUUGGCGUGUUCCUGUUCCCGUCCAUAGUGUGGCCCUCUCCAGGAACCUGUGCACCUCCUUUCCCCUUUCUCAUCAGAAGCUCACACGAGACGGCCAUCGACGAUACUGGCGAUGUUACCGCCCACACCAUGAUUAUGGAUAAUCGUAAUGUCCCACCCGCUUCCGAUGCGACGCCUCCCCAUCCAAGUCCCACGCUUCUGCCGGCGCCUGUGGCACAAGCCGUUAGUCUCGCGACGCGCUCUACUUCCCUAGCCAUACGCCUUGGCUCCGCUGCUGGCUCUUAUGGACUUGGCGCUGCAAGAUUCACCACUCUGUCUAGCCUGGAGCUGGCUCGGAGCGUGGUUGAAUCUGUCCUGAGCCGUGCUGGUAGAGAAACACUAUCUCGGUCCCAAAGCGACCUGGCCACCGUCGAUGCCGAGUCUGUCAUUGAACGAAGUCUCGAGCAUCUCCAUCAUGCCAUGACCCAGGUGGUUUUCUGGACAACUGCUGGCUUCCACAUCACGAACACAACCAUCUCCAUGGCAUCAGAGGUCUCGCAGCUACUUCUAUCAUCCCUUGAUCAACUCCUAGGCUCCACCGAUUCAUCGCGAGCAAUUGCUAGCAUCGUCACCUUGAUUCGCCGAGAGUUCCGGGACCCCGCCACAGGUGCUCAAGGCAAGCCCGUUGGCGUUGUCGAUCUCACGCUUGGUCUAUGUGCCUUGGCUUAUCUGCAACAAUGGUGUUGGAAGCUCCCAGAUGAAGAGCUCCGUCGCCAUGAGUACGAAGAGAUCAUAUGGGAUGUUGUGGUUCUCAAUGAUGGUGAGAGAGUGGAUGUUCAGGAACAGAAGCCUCAGGUCUCCACAAACCCGCAAUCCAAGAUCCCACAACGCCAGAUGGGUAACUCUGGUGGCAAACACCUUGACUUAUCACAGGAAAGUCACCAAAGUCUAGCCGACGAUGAAGAAGAGGCUGCUUUACGCAGGCUCAAAGACCAGAUUGUCGAUUCUCUGCCCUCGGAAACUACCAUAUCCAUCUCAAACUCCAUCUCCACCACACAGACAAUCACGAUCGAUAUCGAUGGUCCUCGGCCUCUUUCUCUCCCUACUCUACCAGGGGCAGAAGUUGUGGAAACUAAGGUCACACGGUCUCCGCAAGGUGUCCGGUCUGGAAGGCGACUGAGCAACUCAGGAGAACCAUCCUAUCGAGUUGUGUACAAACUUCAGAGGUCUAAAGUUGGGACCACCACGUUUCAGAAUCGUAACGAAUCACUGAAGCCCCCAAUCAUUGAGUUAUCGAAUACUGAAAAGCCGACUCGAAACGUACCGGCUCAGGAGCCAUCCAGAUUACCAAAGAAAGCAGUGCAGACUGGCCCUAAGUCCCCACCGGGCAAUCGUGCGAUUGCUACAAAGAAUGACAACGGCCAGCAAUACCGAAUUCCAAUGCGGGAAUCUUCAAAGCCUCCGAGUAACUCUGGCCAAGUCGCAGCAAGUAGGAAGCCAAAAAUAUCAUACCCUUCCUCACCACCAGCGGUACCAACACUCCAGCAGAAGCCAGAACGUGAGGCCAACCAAAAACGGCUCCGAGUACCCCCAAGCCCAGUUGCUUCUCGAACGAAAACCGAUACUCCUCACGAGAGCUCUGCUAGAAUGCGAAAGGUGCUGCCCAAGAGAAAGACUGACCCAUCCAUUACUGGCAAACACCCGGAGAAAAGGGGGACACUAAAACAAGUACUUCGAGAAGGCAGUAAUUCUUUCUCGAACAUGUGGCACAAAGACACCGCAUCUGCGGAUAGCAAACAACCGCCAAGAAUGAAAGAACGGGAAAACAAGACGCCAUAUAUCUCCUCAAGCAACCCCGAGCUGCCUGCUUCAACCCAAGAGACAUACGCCCCACCCUCUACUUCAUCAGCCGAUCAUGACUUUGACAAUCCAGAGUUAAUCCAACGAAGCUCCUCUCGAGCAAGUUACGUCUCCAUCCACGAGUACCGCCGUGACUCGAUUGUCUCUCAGACCGAUACCUACUCUAUCCACUCUACUCUCGGGCCACGGCCAAAUUCUCCCAGUCUCACUAGGACCGAUGCUGCUACAGAUCCGUCUUGGACCAAGUCUUGGAAUGACAGAAACUCCGUUAGUCCCGUCCGACCGAAAUCUGCUGUGGGACAUCGUCGUGGUAUAUCCAACGUUCCAAGCAUCUACAGCCUAGCAUCCAAUGACUCACAGUCAUCCCUUGUGCUGGCGUCUUACCAUCAAAAAAGCGCAUACACUGCAGCUGAUGCGUUGAGCAUCCUUCGACGCGAUGGCGAAGUUGACGGCAUAUUUCCUAGGGCUCAUGUACUCCGCAACAUUACGAGGUACAUGCGGUUCUCAUCGGCUUCUUAUGGAUCGCAUUUUCUCAAAGUCAUGGGUAUAUCGAAGGAGAUGCCUAUCGUGCGAGCCUGGGACGGGAUUCAUGCCGAUGUGAGGCACUUUGUCCAUCACACCGAAUCUGACACGCACAGCGUCCUGCUUGCCUCAUUUGUUGACCCUGAAGGGGGGGCUGACUCAAGUGGCUUAACCGGGACGGGUGUACCGCUGGUACACUAUAUCUCAUUAGACCAUGAUGCAAGGACAGUAGUGCUGGCUUGCCGGGGGACCCUGGGAUUCGAAGACGUCUUGGCCGACUUAACAUGUGAUUACGACGUUCUGACCUGGCGUGGCCGUGGAUACAAGGUACACAAGGGCGUCCAUGCAUCCGCCCGAAGGCUACUUUACGGCGGAGACGGGCGUGUCUUGGUGACAAUCAGGGAGGCAUUGCUCGAGUUUCCAGACUACGGACUUGUUUUGUGCGGUCACUCACUGGGGGGUGCCGUGACGGCUCUCCUGGGUGUGAUGCUGUCGGAACCAAACCCGACUGGCACAGGGUUUGUCACUGCCACUGAGCCGCACAGAGGAUCAAAUGAUUCCCCAACCCAAGAGAGUCUUCGAUCAGACCAUCUAUGUCUGCCUUCUAGGCGUCCAAUUCACGUCUAUGCUUACGGGCCACCUGGUACAAUGUCGACAUCACUCCGUAAACGCACACGGGGCCUCAUCACUAGUAUCGUGCAUGGAAAUGAUGUGGUUCCUUAUUUGUCAUUGGGGACCCUUCACGAUUCUCAAGCCGUCGCUUUAGCAUUCAAGGACGAUCAACAUCAGGCAAAGGGGGAGAUUCGUCAGCGGAUCUGGCAAGCCCUGCAGAGUGGAAUAACUCAAAAGUGGUACGGUAGCUCAUCUGCUGUCCGUAGGGAAGAGAAAUCAGAAUGGGGACUCCCAUUACUGCAAAAUCUGAGAGCCACUAUGACAAGCCAGAAACUGAUGCCACCCGGGGAGGUCUUUACCGUUGAGACUCAGAGAGUACUGAGGCGGGACGCAUUCCUUCUUCUAGAAGAAGACCACCUUGGGCGGCCGGCGCAAAGAAUUGUGUUGAAGUAUGUCAAAGACGUGGAAGCACGGUUUAAGGAGUUGAGAUUUGGGACGAGUAUGUUGAUGGACCACAGCCCCGCAAGGUACGAAGAGGCUUUGGACAAGCUUCGCCUCGGUGUUGUUGAUUAACAUUUUUGAUGACUUUAUACCUAAUGAUUUCUUUUGUCCUUUACGACAGAAUGAUAUAGAGGGAAGAAAGAGUAAGGGUUGGAUAUACAGGCAUCACAAAAGCGUUUGGGAAAUUGGAAACCUUGAUACCACACCAUGAUACAUUGGUAUAGACUACCUACUUUCAUUUAAUUUCACA